GCUUCUACAACCGAGCUAACCAAGAUGUCGGCAAUGCUAUAGCCAACUACGAUAUUAUAGAAAUUCUACUUUGACUGUGAAAAAUCCCCUAUCUAAAACGGAAACUUUAUAGUUUAGAACGGGAAAUUUGACAGAUUAUGGAAUAUGGUGAAUUUGUGUUUGUGUGGUUGCCGUACGCUGUGUGUGAGUUGAAAGUUGCAAAAUAACCACGUUCCACGACUAAAAACACGUUCUGCACGCGAAAAAUCUGUGAUAUUCGUGAAUUUAUUAUGUGCUAGUUUUAGUUUUAAAACGUUGCUCGAUCUUGGUCGGAUUUCGUUUUUUUAGAAAAAUGUUUUUCGUAUAUCCUUGAGGACGGUUCCCUGGUGUUUUCGUGUAGUUUUUGAAAUUGCGAAACGAAAUAAAUGUGGCUGCUUUCCGCUGCAUAGUUCUGGAAAUGAAAGGCGAAUGAUUGAAAAAGUGCGUAAAUGUCUAUGCUAUGGAAAUACACUCAAUGAGAAUUGAACAUGCAGUUCAAAAUAAUGCUAUGUCAUACGCUCAAAGACAACAGCAGAACCAUAGGCCGAGUAACCAUGCACAGAACGCGGCCGAUAUCUACAAACCGUCCAGGUCACCGGUGUCAACGGCUGGCCGAUACCCUUACCCCACCACGUCUCAGAUCCACCAGGCGGCCCCAGGCCUGGCCCAGCGGUACCAACAGGCUGGGGCGGCCACCGCCGCCUACAGCGGCCCCACAGCGUACCGGGAAUAUAGACAGCCGAGGAUCUCUCUGCUACACCCCGAGUACGGUAGGGGUAGACAGGACGCGGCCAUGCUGCCCGGCGGACAAGGAGGCCAGGUCAGCGUGGUCCACUUGGACGACGGUAUGGGGAACCAACAGCAUCAGCCGCUGAAGAAGAUCAGACUGCAGGAUCACAAGGACAAUGUGCAACCUUUGAGGAUAGAUACUAGGGAACAGCCUGGAACCUACAAUCCGCAGGUGGAGGCGAUAUCUCCAACGCUGCCUGAGACCAUCCAAGAGGAUCAGCCUCACAAGCCGACCAAAGACGAUAUCAUUCUGAAGAUAGCGAGGACGGACAGGGAGAUAGCCAGGGCGGAAUCUCAGAUAUCGAUACUGAAGAAGAAACAGCAGGAGCUCGAGGAACUGGCGCUGAAGCCGCAGGUGAAGAGCGAAGUGGAAGAAGAUACACAACCGAAACACAACAGUUUGCCGCAGAAGAUCUAUGCGGAGAACAGGAAGAAGGCGGCGAGUGCCCAUGCUCAGUUGGACACACUGGGCCCUAAGGUCGAAUGGCCACUUUACAAUCAACCAACCGACUCGACGGUCUAUCAUGAGAACAAGCGGAAAAACAAGCUAUUCAAACGGAGACUGUUGGAAUACUUCAAGAAGAGGCACGCGGAAAAGGAGACCAGAAACACCUAUCUGAGUGAGACCUAUAGCAAACUGAUGCAGGAAUGGAUCAGGAAGGUGGACAAGAUAGAGUCGAGCACCAAGAGAAAAGCGAAAGAAGCGAAAAACAGGGAGUUCUUCGAAAAGGUGUUUCCGGAGCUGAGGAAACAGAGAGAGGACAAGGAAAGGAUUUUUGAAAUAUGUAACGUGCCGAUGGACAAAACUAUCCUUUCUGAAAAUUCAAGAAUUGGCAAAAUUAGAACGAGUCAGCGCGCCCAUCAAUUGUCACAAUCUUUUGAUAUGAAAACCGCCAAAAAGGGAACUCAUGUAGAUUCUUUUCGACGUAGGUUCAACAGAGUCGGUGCCAGGGUCAAGUCGGAAGCGGACAUGGAGGAGAUCAUGGAUAACCUCCAGGAACAGGCCAUGGAGGACAAGAAGAUGCGCAGCUACGCCGUGAUACCACCUAUUUUACUUGACAAACGGGAGAAGGACGUUUGGUUCAAUAACAAUAAUGGGUUCGUCGAAGAUAUGGAAUCGAUGUAUAAAAACAGGCAGUACAUAAAUAUGUGGACGCCGCAGGAGAAGGAAAUCUUCAAGGAAAAGUACCUGCAACAUCCGAAAAAUUUCGUUGUGAUAUCAAGCUAUUUAGAUAGAAAAUCUGUAGCUGACUGUGUGCACUAUUAUUACACUAGUAAAAAGACCGAAAACUACAAACAACUAUUGAGGAAGUCGAGGCAGAGAACGAGAGCUUCGAAGAACACACAAAAGGUCAACAAUGCAGCAAAUUCCUCUGUUGUAGAUAUAUUAACCACUGGCGUGACGACGAGGCUUCAGCGAGAACAACAGCAGAAGACCGUGGUGCGGGAGGCCAGCCAGAACCAGGACUCGACUUCGACGGCAUCUUCGCACCCUUACUCCCAAGGAUCGACGACCAUCUCCGUCGCCACGUCCCAGACGCAGACGACGACCGCCGUUACCUCCGCGACCGCCACCACCGCGUCUACGUCGACGUCGGCGACGUCCAACGCACCCAGUCCGCCGGCUGCCACCACUGUGAUUUCCUGCUCUACCCCGUCCUCGACGACGACGUCCACCGGGUCGUCCGUCGUCACCAUUUCGGCGUCCUCGGCUCCGGGAACGUCGUGCGGCGCGGCAGCCGUCAAGCAGGAGACGUCGACGUCUCCGCAGCCGGCGUCCGGGGUGCCGCCGGAGAAGUUCACCGAUUUCAAUUCGUUCGAGGAGUACAACAACCAAAUGAACAAGGGCACCGGCCAGGCGGGCCAGUUCUUCGGGGACGAUGUGAAAAACGAGGCUCCGUUGCUCGAGGUGAAGAUGGAGGUUAAGUUGGAGAACGAGUCUGCGCCGGAGCCUGUUAGCGAUCAAAAUGCCAACGCUGUGAUGGAAAACAAAAAGAAGAAAGAAAGAAGAAAAGACACAGACGCAGAUGCGAUAGAAACAAGCGAGGAGGAUUCCCUUGAAGUUCCAGAAAAAAACACUCAAGGAGUAUGCAUUGUUUGCAAUGCCCAACUUGGCAACCACUUACAUUCCCGCCCGCUACCGCCCAACCAGGCAACGCAGUACGGUCUCCGGGAAGAUGAAGUUCCCCAGAAUGGCAGGGUAUGUAACACAUGUCGCUGCAAGGUAGUACGGUCCCGUUAUACACAUUGUCCUCUACCGCAUUGCCCCAACCCAAGGGGUAGGGUCAAGAGACUAAGAAGUUUCCCUCAGCGGCUUCACGAGCUUCCUCCGGAUCUCAAAGAAAGCCUUCUAGCCGAAUUCAACACGCCCUGCGGCGUGACAAAGUGCUGUUCCGCAUGUUUCAAUAGGAUCCAAAGGCGUUUGGGUCCGGUGGAAGAGUGGCCCGAAGAAGAGAUCAACAAACUGAAAGCAACACUCACGGAACUAGGAGCGAACUGGCAGGCUCUGGGCGAUAGGCUGGGCAAGACGCCCAACCAGAUCAGAGCUUUCUAUUCGAUGAAUCGGAAAAGAUUGAACCUGGAGAGCUGUUUGGGCGAUAGGAAACCCACGCUUACGGACGAGGAAGAAAGCGGAAGUUCGACUUCGAGUUGCGAGGAUCAGCCUGUCACCACGCUACGAUCGACCACUGUUACGGAACGGGAGAGACACUCGAGCGACACGGCCAGUGCCGCGGAGAGCCCGCCCGCCUUGGCCGGUUCCGCCCAGGUACCUAUCAAGAAAGAGGACUACGACUCUAGUGCAACCGAAACGGCGGACGAGGCACAAACGCCCGACCACUACCAAGGCUCCGCCACCAUAACGCCCGUGGUCCCCGAUGGUCAACCGAGACAGAACGCGUCUCCGCUGAGUGUGAAGGAUCUGGUCCUGAACGUCAUCGAGUUCUCCCUGAUGAAGAACCCCGGCAAUCAGCAACAGAAUCAGAACCCGCCCACCAGCGGCAUAACGCCUACUAUCUCGAGCAUACUGGAGCAGGACCUGAACGACGUAACCAUCGUGAGCGAGUACAACCUGAAUAGCCAGCAGCAGUCUGUCGUUCAACAGAGGCAGGUCCGUAACGACAUGAACAUCGCGAAGUUGGUGACCCCUUUGAUUGGUGCCACCAUCACACCGGUGACGGGUCCCAUUCCACCUCAGCAACCGUCAGAGCAGGUCCCGAGCUGUAGGAACGACUUGGUAGUACUCCAAGUGCCGGAUACGAACAGGGAGCCCGAAACCUUGGAUCUUAGCAUAAAGAAACCGAGGGAAUUCCAUCAGCCGACGACGAUACACAAGCAAGUGACGCCACAGCCAAUGCACAGACAGGACCCGUCGCCUCAGCCGCAAUACAUUUAUCAUCAAGAAAGAAAAAGUCCGGCUUUCGUUCGAUCUGGCAAACAGGGCAGCCCUAAACUGGGCAAUCCCAAUCCCAAGGCGGGUUCUAUCACGUUGGGUACACCUAUCAUAACACAACCGCGCUACGACGGACUUCUCAGGCAGAUGCCUCCCGACCCUAAGAUGGGCAGCAUAACUCAAGGCACCCCUAUACAUAUACCGCACAUGGCCGCAGACAAGAGGGUAUACGAUAUCUAUAAAAAAAUUGGAAGCGGUCCGCAGGUAUCUCAGAAUGUAGUCCAAGCUGCGCCUCAACAACCUCAAGGCUUUCCCGGACAGUAUCGCCAUCAACCGUACAACGUAGAACAGCAAUUAAGUUCGAGACAGAUAAUUAACGAUUAUAUAACGUCUCAGCAGAUGCUGGGCAGGAGAAACGAUAAGGUCCAAUAUUACCAACCGGGCGCUAUGCACAGGACCCCUCCGCCGCCACAGAAUCCACAACAAAGACAAGGUGUUAUUCAGAGACACACCAGACCUCCUUAUCUUCCACCAGGUCAUGAAGCAUUGUCGAAUUUGUCGAAUUUGGUAGAUGUUGCUGUUCAGCAGCCUAGUUUGCCUGUGCCUGUUACUCCACCUCAUGAAGGAUUGGUACAUUUCGCAGGUAAAACGAUGGCAGACAACAUCAGAGAUCAACCCCAUCGAUUCCAGAUCAUUCAGCAACACCAAAAUGUGAGACAUCAACAACAACGAUUAGAGGAACAGCGUAGAGCUUAUCACCAACAACAUGUUCAACAACAACAACAACAACAUGUUCAGCAACAACAACAUGUUCAACAACAGCUCCAACAACAGCAGCAGCAGCAACAACAACAACAGCAGCAGCAACAACAACAACAACAGCAGCAGCAACAACAACAACAGCAGCAACAACAACAACAUCAGAAGCAGCAGCAGCAACAGCAUCUUCAGCAACAGCAUCAUCAUCAGCAGCAGCAACAACAACAACAACAUCAGCAGCAACAGCAACAUCAGCGACAGCAGCAACAGCAAAUACAACAGUCCAAACCACAGGCGGACAAAAAAGGUGAUUCCUCUACCCUGACUGCAGCAAUUCUGAUAGACGCUAUCAUUACUCAUCAAAUCAACCAAACUGUAGAAGGAGGUGAGGAGGUGCCAACAACAAGAGAACCGCCCAGAGCUGGCGAUAUUCUCUUCCAGAGCUUUCACAGGAAUCCUCCGCCCCCUCAGGUUCAAGAAACUGUUGAGAAUAGGUCACCUUCAGUCAUUAACGUCGAAUUGGACUCGGAUACAAUCAACAAAAACCUGACUGUGAAAGAGUUGACGGAUUCGGUAAUCAGUCACGAUUACGGCGUUAGGCAGCCACCACCAUCUGCCUACUAUCACAUGUCCCAAGAAUCUGUCAACGAGCAGUGGAAGCGAAGGUUACAACAGCAACAGAAAGAGAAUGAAAAAAGAUCUGUCACUCCUCAACACGAUGAGAGGCAAAUUAUCAGGAUGGCACAGCCUCAGACGUACCAUGUUGAGCCGGUCUCGCCACCUGAAAACAACCACUGGAACGAACAGAAUUACAGAAGAUUCCAGCAGCAACCUCAGAGUCAUAUGUCUCCGUUGGAUUAUGUGAAAAAUAGAAUCGUAGAAGUGAUGCGUACUGAGGAUGAUAAGAAGGAGAACCAGGAAAAUCGUCCAACCGAAAAGGAAAGGAGUAAUUCACCUGGAGACAUGGUUAUAGAUGAAGAAAAGAAUGAGAGCGAUUAUCAGUCUAGUACUAGUCAACAUCCACAACAACAAAGUGCAUAUUCAACAUACCCCUUUGUCCACAAAGAUAUGUCUAUAACUGAUUCAGGUCGCAGAAGUAAUGAACCUAAACCUUUAUUAUCAGCUCAGUAUGAACCACUUUCAGAUGAAGAUUGAACUAUUAAUAUUAUUGGUAAGGGAAGAAAUAGAUAAAGUUAAGUUACACUGUGUAAGGUGUUGAUUUUACACUUCUCACCUCUAUACAAAGACUGUUGUAUAACUUUCAGUUCAAUUAAUUGUAUAUAUUUGAAUAAGUGAUAUAAAAUAGUGGUAAGUGAGGUAUCUUUGAUAUUGAAGUUCUUAGUUUCCAAGUCGCUUUCGAGCUGAUAAAUUUUACAAUACCCCUACAUUUUGAACAUGUUUGUUAGGGAAGGUUUAAAAGAAGGUCAAGUAGACUAUGUAUGGUCUUUCAGGGUGAGCCUUUAGCAUGUAGAUAUUUCAAUAUAAUAUGUUAUAAUUAAAAUUUAUAUUUAUUUUGGAAAAAAUGAAUAAUAGCAAUUAUACAUAUUAUUGAAUUUGAGCUAUACUUUUCGAAAGUUACUUCGGCCACUUUUUUCCAAGCUAAAAUACAUUUUGAACAUAUUCUGCCUUGUGACAGAAAGAAACUCUCCGUUAUCAGUUGCAAACAGUAGAAUUGAAAUGAUGGAUUAUUCCAUUGUACCCCUAAUAUUUUUUAAACCAAAGGUUUUGUGAAAAAACUUUUAUGAAACUGUCACUAGGCAAUUUCAACAUUCCACUUUGUACCCCCCACUGAAAGAAACAAUAUACCGUUCGACGGUGAAUUCGAAUCGGUAAAUGUAGAAAGUGAUUUGGAGAAUUUGAAUAAAUUGAUCGUCCACGUAAUGUUUGAUUUGUAGAUUUCAAUAAAUAUUGUAGAUAGAAAUUAUACGAAAUAUCCCAAACAUAUGUACAUAUAUGUAAUAUUGAGGAGGUAUAGUGAAGUAAGCAUUAUCCAGUGUUUUUUGGAAGUUUCGAUUUGAAAGUCAAAUUAGAGUGCAACUAUGUUUAAGAAAUAGUCUUCAAAAAAGCGAUAAAGUUUUUUAUUAUCAUUUGAAAAAGUGCAUUUUCUGAUUUGAAUCCCUUAGUAUUUUCUUUGUGUUGGCACUUCUUUAAGAAUCAAAUAAACAUCGAAAAAGAGCUAUAUGAUCUAUUUUUGAUUUCUAUUUCUCGAUAGAAAUUCCACCUAACUCUGAGAAACUUUGUGGUAUAAUUAAUUGGCUAUAAAUUAUAUGAAGUUCUGGUUCCUCAUGAACCCUUUUCAAACCCAGAGAUGGGUUCAUUCUGAACAUUUCAUUGAGAUAUAAUUUUUUAUAUUUCAAUGUUUAUUUGAUGAAGGAGUGAAAUUUUUCAUUUUGUGCAUAUAUGUAUGUUAGUUAAUAAAUAUUCACUUGGAGUUGUAUAUAAAUUACUUAUAAAUAAAAAGUACAGCAUGGUAAGAUUUGUAUAUAUUUGUGAUUUUUUAUUUUCUGUUCAUAAUAUAUAAGUCAAGGCUUUUGCGUCGAAAGCAUAUGCCCAGGUUGGGCGUAUUAAGACGAACUGAUAAUUUUUCUACACUAUGACAUGAAAAUGCUUCCAGAUGAUGUAUGUAUACACUGUCAAUUUUUUAGUUUGUAACUUUCAGAUGACUUGUUAUUUUGUUGAAAUAAAUGAAUAUCAGUUGG